AUGAUGCCAAGACAAAUCUUUGCAGCCCAUUUGAUUACUCUGGAUGUGGUGGAAAUGCUAACAGAUUCCCUACUCUUGAAGAUUGUGAGGCUGCAUGCAAAACAGGUAUUAGUUAAUGGGCUUUUUUUUAAAAAAAAAAAAAAACCAACUCACUUUGGCAAAUGUUCACUCAUUCAGCACUUUUGGGUUUCCACCCAUAACCCUUUGCAGCCAUCCAAGUAUGGCUACAGUCAUGUGAAAAACGUAAGUACACCCCCAAUGGCAAUUGUGUAUAUUUUCAACAUGUUUGAACAAGCAAAUAUUAAAUCUUGA